GGUAGAAAUUUGCGUUUGUAAAUAAAUAACGCAAUGGACGUUUAAUCACGCAACCAGUGUACCGCGGCACAUGUGAAAUAAAGCUCUCAUUUUUCUCCAGGCACAGUUUAUCAUUUCGUUUUAUUUGCCCGUUUAGCAACCUGGAAACUUAACCUCGCAGACAGUCUGAUCGAUAAAACUAUCGCCCGCCCGUCGCUCCGGCGACUAUUAAUUUAUUUCGACGGAAAACCGCCAGCUUGCGACGUUAUUUCGUGAUUCAAACGAAAGUGCCUUAUUCUUCGCGACAGAGAAAGGAACAAGCAUGGACGAGUUACAGUCAAACUUGUCGAGUCCGGAGGGCGAGAGGCGAAUCUCGAGGAGCGACGACGAUCAUUCGUUCGACGAGGUGAUCGGAUACAUCGAGGACUUGCUGUUAGAGGAGGACUUUCAGGCCCUGCAGCGCAGGUUUCUAGAAAAAUACUGGGACGUCUUCGAGCCGGCGGAGGAUAACAAACUAGUGUACACCGAUAUAUUUAACGAAUACAACAAAGCUGUGGAGGCGUACAUGGUGGAUUACCUGAAGAAAAUCAUGCCGCAUUUCACAGUAGACACUCUCUUACAUCAAUUAAACGAGAAGCAGACGGAACUGGAAGGCGAGGUCUUCGAGGUGCUGUCAACGAUAACGGACUUUUUGGCUUUUAAAGAAAUGUUUCUGGAUUACAGAGCGGUGAAAGAGGGCAAGGUCGCGGAUCUCAGCUGUGGGAUAUCCGUAACGUCUCUGAAACCCUGUAACGCAGAAGACUGCGAGGAUCCGAGAUAAUACAGACAGUUUUAGCACCGCGUUAGUCCCCUAGAUGAAAGCCGGAUGACGGAACUUACAAAUAAGAGCCGCACCAGAUGUGAUAUGAACCGAAAAUGUUAAUCGUUGUGUUCAGUAUUUGUUAAGUUAAUUAUGUAAUUGCAAUAAUCUGUAUUCAGCCUAUCGCGUACAUUUACAAACAUGAAUAUAAAAAUAACUCGAA